AUGAGCUUUCACGAUGACAAUCAUUUCGUCGUCGAUGACGAUGAACAAGAGAGUUCCGUUGAGCUGCCAUCGUCCAACUCUUCCUUUCAUGAGGAGAUGGAGGGUGUGAGCAAUGAGGAAGGGACAUAUGAGGAGUCCGACGGAAAAGGUGGAACGGUAAUGGGCGAAGAGGAUGAUGAUGAUGAGGGGGACGAAGAAGAGGAGGAGGAAGCCGUGGAUGAUGAGGGGGACGAAGAAGAGGAGGAGGAAGCCGUGGAUGAUGAGGGGGACGAAGAAGAAGAGGAGGAAGCCGUGGAUGAUGAGGGGGACGAAGAAGAGGAGGAGGAAGCCGUGGAUGAUGAGGGGGACGAAGAAGAAGGGGAGGGGGAUGAGGAGUGUUAUGAUGAAUCUGAAAUGAUGAUAGAUGACUGCAGUGGGGCAAGUGCUGAAGAAGACCACAAAGAGGGUGAAAAGUACAGCGUCGGCGGCACUCAGGGGGAUGAAGGUGGUGAAGGACUGAACGUUGAUGAAUGCAACAGUCUGGAACCAUCGUGCCAAGGAAGCGCAUGGCCGUCCCCAAGUGAGAGCUCCAACGUUUCUCCACCUCCCGUCAUCCUUGAUCCCUCAGUUUGGGGAUCCUCCUUGAGCGGGGCGGUGGCCGGCAGUGCCGCUUCUGCCGUCGAAGGGCCUUCCUUUCCGACCCAACUGAAGGCGGAGGUCCCGAAUUCAACGUGUGAGCAAGCCACCGAUAUCUCCUCGGGGGUUGUUUUGGAAAAUACCGGAUACGUAAGAUCCGCUCAGUUGUUGGAUUCAUCAACCUCCGCAGGCGUCACGCCAAGUCAGAGUAGUUUUUCGUUUAAGCGUCCAAGGCCCAAGUCUCAGAACGAAGAGGCGGCUGCGGCCAAGGCACUUUUGGGUAUGUUUAAACUCUGUUUCCCAACGACGCGCUUCGAUGGGCGUUUGAAGGAUCUUCUCGCAGGUUCUGCGUGA